CUGUGGUUCCAUUACUUUCUAUACUGUACUUUUUAUGCAGUGAUAGUCAGGUAAUCAAUUUAUGAAUAUUUUUUAUUUCGGUAAUGCAACGAGUUUAAAAAAAUAAUCAAGCACUUCAAAUAAAUAUGAAGUAAUCAUAGAUAUUAAACAAACAAUUUCCAAAAUAUGCCCUAACUACACACCAAAAAUAUCUCUUGAAAGUUGAAUUGUUAUCAAGUUGCCUCUUGCCAGCUGUUCCUGGGAUUUCGAAAUUCUCUUGAGAACUCAGCCUUCUGGAAAAUUCACUGAGGAAAAUUGGUAAACCAUGGAUGCUACUAAUGAAAGAAUUAUAAAAGAUAUACGAUAUUACCAAGAACGUCUGGACAAAUAUGUUGCUAAUAAAAAUGAUGAAAAGUUGCUUUAUUAUAUUGGUAAGCUAAGUAAACUUCCAAUAAAUACUGUUCAUCUAGAAAAUACUGGUGUUGGAAGAUCAGUCAAUGCUCUAAAGAAAUAUGGUGGGGAAGUAAGUAAAACAGCAAAGGAGUUGGUGGCAUUUUGGAAAGACAUGGUGCUGCAAGAAGAUAAAUCUCAAGAACAAUCACAAGAAAAACCUGAAGAAGAGGUAGAUUCAGUUUAUUCUAGUGAGAACGAAAUGGGCAAUGAUAGUGAAGAAGAAAGUAGAAACUAUGGAGGGGAUCCUAGUACCAAUGAAGAUAUUAACUGUGAUAGCAAUGAUGAAAAGACUGUUAAUGGGAAAGAAGAAUAUAAUGAGUUGAAAUAUACAAGUGAUAGUGAAAUUCAUGAACAAUUCAAAAUAAAAGUUAGUAGCAAAAAUGAUGGAAGUAAUAAACCACAGACAUCGAAAAGUAAUAGUUAUAGCACUGACUCUGAUGAUGACAUCAGUAGGACAAGUAAUACCAAACAUCAUUCCAAGAAAAGAAGUCACAAAAGUGAAUCUAGUCAAUAUGAGAAAGAAGAAAAACAUAAGUCAAAGAAAGUUAAACAUGAUGAAAGCCAUAGUUCUCAUGAACAUAAGUCAACCUCCAGUAAAGAUGAAUCCAACUCCAAACAAAAAUCAAGAAAUGAAAAUUCUGAUAAAAGUAAAGAUAAAAAACCAGAUUCAAAGAGGGAGAAAGAACACAAAUCAGAGAAUGGGGAAAGAAAAUCUAGUUCUCAUUCAGACAAACAUGAGUCUAGUAAGUCUAAAUCCUCAAGUACCCAUGAACACAACAAAAGUAAUAAGGUGAAAGAGGAUUCCAAGAAAUCCUCAGAAUCAAGUGGUUCCAAACAUCAUCAGUAUGGAGAUAAAAAAGAGAAGCAUUCUUCUAAAAGCUCUAAAGAAUGUGAUACUGAGAAGAUUAUUUCAAAGCAUAAAUCUAGUAAAAAGGAUAAACAUAGCAAAGAAAAGAAAAUCAAAGUUGUGAAAGACUCAAAUAAAGGUGUAAUUGUCCAUGGUAUAGGUUCUGAUUCAGGGGCAAGUUUUGCUGAAGCCCUAGGAAUGUGUGGUCCUUCAGUGAGCAAGAAAAAAUCCAGUUCCUCAAAUUCCUCUAAACCCAAACCAUCAUCAUCAGAUAAAGAUAAGACAGUAGAUUCUCCACCAACAAAUAAGUCAAGUACCAGCCAAUCAAAAGUCAUUCAUGAGGUAGAAGACCAUGUCCCUGAACUCUUGAAAGAGCCACAGUUGGAACCCCUAAACAUCAACAUUUCUAGUUUGUUACCAGAAAUAACACCCAACUACAAGCCAUUAGGCUUGCCUUUAGACUGUCAGCAAAAAAGAUUCAUUUCUGAUGAUGAAGCAUUGUGUAGAGUUAUGUCCAAUAAAAACCAGAGAACAAAGGUCUAUUCUGGCAACAAGACAGUGAUGAAAGUUGAGUCCUUAUUCCAGAUUUGUAUCAGGAUAUUACAAGACAACAUAGAUGCUCUAGAAUACACAGGUGGGGUGCCCUAUUUGAUCCUCAAACCCAUUUUGGAGAAAGCCACUCCUGACCAACUCUUCAACAUGGAGCAUCACAACCCUUACCUCAUUGAAGACACUGAUGAGCUUUGGAAGUUGCACUGCCAGCGUGAGUUCAAAACCAAAAAGCUGCAAGAGAUGGAGUCUUGGAGAGAUAUGUACAUGAGAUGCCUGGAUGAACGUGAAGCAAGACUCAAUUUCAUAACUGCCAACAUCAAGCAGUCCCAGGACAAAUCUGUGCCCAUCAGGACUACAAAGCUAGCUUAUGUGGAUUCCUUUGUCAAACCUCCAAGAAACAUAGCCAGGCAGCAGGCCAAACAUGGUACCUCAUCUGCUAAAACCCCUGCUUCUACAAAAUUGGUUGCCCUGGCAAAAUCCGGGGAGGCAGGGAAGGUGUCUGUUCCGAAUCCUGGUAGCAGAGCAGCUGACAGAGGUAGCAGUUUGAGCACUGCAGCACCAAUCAAGCCAAAAAAAGCUCCUUUGAUGGCAAAGACUUUGUCGUUCUUGAAAAAUAGGUUUAGGCGGUAGAAGUGAUGCUUUUAGGGUUUUAUUUAUGGAUUAUUGAUGAAAUUAU